AUGAACGAACGGACCUUUGAAGAGGCCAGGCAGACCUGUGACCAUAUUAUUGACAGAGUCGGUGACGUUUUUGUGGGCAACCGGCUGUUGUUGCGUAAACUGCUGGCUGCGGCGUUGGCCAACGGCCACGUCCUUUUUGAGGAUUACCCUGGGCUGGGCAAGACUCUCUUGGCCAAGGUGUUUUCCCGCGCAAUAGGCAGCGACACCAAGCGAGUUCAGUUCACCCCGGACCUGCUGCCCUCCGACAUUCUGGGAGUAAACGUGUGGCGCCAGAACGAAGGAGUAUUUCAAUUAGUUAGGGGUCCGGUCUUUACUAACGUGUUGCUGGCAGACGAGAUUAAUCGAGCUCCUCCCAAGACCCAAGCUGCCUUGCUGGAGGCGAUGGAAGAAAGGCAGGUCACCAUUGAUGGUGAGACUAUGUUCCUGGGCCAUCCCUUCGUUGUUAUUGCCACCCAGAAUCCCAUCGAGCAGGAAGGAACCUACCCCCUGCCGGAGGCCCAAUUGGACAGGUUCCUGUUCAAGCUGGGCACCGGGUAUCCGGCCAACCGGGAAAUGGAAAAUGACAUCCUUCUUCGCAGAAUUCAAUGGCAAAAGGACGACCCCACCGACGACAUGGAGCCGGCCAUUGACGUGGAGGGUUUUCUGAAGCUUCAGGAGAUGGUGGAAACUUCAAUCUACGUAGACCACGUCAUAGUAGAUUACAUAACUCAGUUGGUCAGGGAAACUCGGGACCAUCCUCGGGUUGCCGUGGGAGUUAGUCCUCGCGGCAGUUUGGCCUUGCUCAGGGUGUCCCGCAGCCUGGCUCUCAUUCACGGCCGGGACUUUGUGGUACCUGACGACGUAAAAAUGGUAGUCAAUGACGUAUUGGCGCACCGCAUCAUUCUAAAUAUUGAAGAUAUUUUGGAAGGAGUACGCCCGGAGUCAAUUGUGGAAGAAAUAUUGGAGCAAGUGCCGGCACCUACCGAAUUGGCGAGAAGGACUCCCUAG